AUGGCGGACACACUAAUGGCGGGGGAUAAGCACCUCCCAGGGUUCGUGGAGAAGGUCGCCGAGUUGAAGGCCAAGGUAAUCGACGUCAUCGCGUGUGUUUCCGUGAACAACGCCUUCGUCAUGAAGGCAUGGAAGGCGGAUCUGAAGAUCGGGGACGAGGUGAUUCUGUUGAGCGACGACAAUGGUCGAUUAACUCAGGCGAUUGGGUGCCAACUCGAUUUAAGCGACAAGCCAGCGGGCUUGGGGAUUAGAUCGAAGAGGUACGCCAUAUAUGUUGAGGAUGGAGUCGUGAAGGACCUGAAUCUGGAUCAAGGAGGGGAUUUCAAUAUUAGCAGCGCCGAGGAUCUGCUCAAGGCUAUCUGA